AUGGCGAGCCGGCGGCGGAAGACUCGCGGGUGGUCGCGGGCCAAGGCCAAGAAGACGAAGUAUCUGAGCCUGACCAGGCACUUGAUUAAGGCGGAGGUGGGGACGCUGCCGCAGUCCCCGGCGCCGUGGGAGGAGGCGGAAGUGAAGCAGGAGGAGGGUGGCGAUGCAGGCGGACAGCAGCAGCUUGAGCCGUUCGCGCUGCAUCACGAGGCGUCCACCCUGUUCUUGGCCUCGCCGGCGCCGUCCCUCACCGACAUCCUCGGCGCCUCCGCCGGUGGUAACGAAUCGCCGUCCGCAUCACCGGACGACGUAUCCGGAAGGGCGAGGUUCCCGGGCGCGGAGGAGGAGGACCUGGCGCGCCGCGCGCUCCGGGGCAGGGAGCGGUGGGUGUACUGCAGCAGCAGCUCCUCGCCGACGACGACGACCACCACCACAUCGCCGUCUCCGUGCUCGUCCGCGGCGAGCACGGGCGCCUCAGCGCGUUCGCUGCUGCUUAAGCUGGACUACGAGGAGAUCCUGGCAGCCUGGGCGGAACGCGGAUCGCUCUACAUCGGCGGCGGCGGGGACUGCCACGCCACGCCGGAGCCGGAGCUCGACAACGUGCUCGUGGAGGUGGAGCCGUCUCAGCACGCCACGGCAGCGUCGGCGGCGAGGCCCGGGAGGGCGGAGAGGGUGCGGCGGUACAAGGAGAAACGGCGGAGCCGGCUGUUCGCGAAGCGGAUCCGGUACGAGGUUCGCCGGGUCAAUGCCGUCAAGCGGCCGCGCUUCAAGGGCCGUUUCAUAAAGGAAAACGGGGAGAGCGAGCUCCAGCCUGCAUAGCCUCCUUGGCUUCUUCCGUUGCCACAAGGAUGGACGCAUCUAUCUUUCUCGUGUACAUACCCGGUUAGUUGCCUUUCAUAUCCAAAUUUCAAUUGAUGUAUCAGUCUGCCCUGCACAAGCUGCAAGUUUCAGGUUUAGACGCAAUGUAGAAUGAUAUGUUUCAUAGGAUGGAAAUAACAGAACUGAGAGUGAAUCAUGCGGUCCACUCUAGUAAUGCAAGUCGGUGAAUGGUGAAUCUGUUCACCGGUGCAUCAUGUAUUUCUUCAGAGGAUGGGUUCUAAUUUGUCAAAAGGGGCAAUGUUCAUCAGAGUUGGUAACAACUCGGUUUGACUCUUAGGAAGGGCUCGAGAUUUCAAGGUCUGAGCCAUCGAAUUAGCAGAAAAAAUGGACCCUGUUUCUCUGAUCUUAUAUAACAAGAGAUAUUUCUUCUGGCACAGAUCAAAUGCUUCAUAUCUGCAGUUUCAUUUCUAUAGUGCAUCUUCUUCAGAGCCUGUUUGCACCAUGGCAAAACAACUGUAAUGUAACCAACAAUAUAUGAAACUUGUAGAACAGUAAAGCUGGUGAAUGGUACUGAGCCUGGGCGUGCAAUUGCAAAUGUAUUCAGGCAUUCAGCAGUGGCCGGAGGGAUGGAUCCAUGCCGUUGUGCUGCUGCUGCUGGAGCCAGGUACAGGCACUCUCAGUCAUGUGAACCGUUCUAGAGCUGGACCUUUCUGUAUGAUUCUGGAGCGCAGAUCGUUGUCUUGUUCCUUCUGGCUGCGACCUGGCCCAACUGUCGAUGUCGGCACGGAGAUCCUAUACAGGGCUGCGUCUUGGACCACCGGGCGGCAGUUUGGCAGUUUGGCCGUGUACUACCUUUGACCUUUUGCUGUAAAAAGUAACAGGAUUAAGGCUCUGUUUGGCCAAUGAAUUUCGUCUGAUAUCUAAAUGAACUGAAUCGUUUCCUGCAAAAAUCCUGUAGAAUAUCUGUAGAAUUCAUGCUUUCCAAACCAAUCCAAUUGGUGCAGAUCAGCCAGA